AUGGAAGGAACGGUGAUAUUAGUUGCUAUCGGCCUUAUGGUCAUAGGAGCGUUUGAUCAGAUCGCAUUGGUGAGAGCCCAGAACAGCUCUAUCGGUAAAGACGCAGAAGGUGCAGUUGACUUGCCUCAAAUAGAUUGGCCCGCAGACGAAAUAGUGCUAGGAUAUCGUGACACAUGGAAUGUUACGUGCAAGUGCCAUAAGCCCAUCGUCUGGAAACCUUUUGACUACGAGUACAAAUGGGACCCUCCGACCAUCGCUGUUUCCAUCUACAACACAACGGAUCUCAAUAUGCCUUUUGGAAGCAUGCUUACCAUAACGAAUGCAUCAGCGUUGAUGGUUGGCCGGUACUAUUGUGUACACUCCGUGAAGGAACAGGAAGAUUUAGACGAAAUGCUAGCUGAAGACGUAGCCAGCAGCAUCUACGUGUAUGUUGACGAUCCUUAUCAACUCAUGGUGCCCGACGCACCUGUUCAAUUUUUCAAUAAUAAAGAGGAAAUAGUUGUUGUCUGCAAGCCUUCGCAUCCGGACGUGGACCUACAGUUGUGUGACCAAAUCACCCAGCACUGUUUAGCGACUUCAGAGCCAACAAAAUGGUUUUCCCUUCCAUAUAGGAAUUAUGAAACUUUUGCGAAGUUCUAUUGCAAAGCUAACGGUAUCAGUCACCUUGUUCAUCCCGUGGAAAUAAGUAAAAAUCAAUUACUGAAGCCUACCAUCGUCAGCAAUGUCGGGGAUAUUGUUCCUCUCAGCAAAACCAUUCGCCUGAGCUGCAGCUUGGAGUUGCCUGUCGAUAUAAACAUUCAAAUAUCGUGGAAAACGCUUCCAAACUACCAACCUGCCGAAAUAGACAAAACUAUCUCAGUGGGAGGACAAAUUACGAUCGUUCACCAUAAUGUGCCCCCUAGUUCCAUUUACAAACGUGACCUCAUUAUAGAAAAUGCCACCCUGUCGCACCAAAGAACCUAUCGGUGCGAAGUGUUGGAUGAUAAAAACAAUACCAGCUAUCACAAUUUCAGACUGCAAGUGCGCGAAACGCCUGAUGACUUCGUCAUACUGCGCGAAGCUCAGAGCCGAGAAGUGAUCCACCGCAGAAUCAACGGAAAUGGUGAAAUAAUGCCGAUUGAAAUUAUGGUCCGAUAUAACUCCUAUCCAACCAAUAUCGCGUUCGUAUGGUCUAGAGAAAUCAUUGGCAACAUAGAGGAAAAUUGUAACUUGAUUCUUAGACGACAACUGACCGAAAAUCAUAUCAAAUUAAGGAUCAAUCAACCAACAGUGUAUGAUACCGAUAACUAUACUCUUUUAGUUGUCGCAGGAACUACGCACGCAGUGUAUAACAUAUCUAUUAUCGUGUACGAUAAACCUUCGCUGAAUAUGCACAAUUUAAUGGCAGUCAAAGGCGAGACUGUUGACUUCCUGUGUGCAAGCGUGGCUUAUCCGUCACCGGAAAUGUGGUUCUUUUUCCAGCCGUGUAACGAGGUACCCUGGGGAAACUGUUCGAUGGAAACUGAUACGGAAACAAAGUGGCAUGCAGGAACACAGGAAAAGAAUAGCCUUAUCCGAUCAAAAAUAACAUACGAACAUGUCGCCGAUAAACCAGGAAUCAUAUAUUGCAAGGCCAACAAUUCCGAAGGAACCUCUAUAAUGCAAUCGUAUUUAUUGUUACGAAAUGUUUCCAAUCUGAUGACUUUGGAGAUUGCUCAGCCUAAAGACUCAAUUACUGUUGGAGACAAUGUUACAAUCAUCUGUUCAACAAUAAUUGUCGACGACGACGACGUUGAUAUAACAUUCAACCACAACGGAAAGAUUCAAGAAAGCACCGUAAUCUACAAAGAUUCAAAUAUUCAACGAAAGCAACUCACACUGUUGAAUGUUGGAUUACAUCAUACGGGAGAUAUAGAUUGUUAUGUGAGCUACCGCCAUGUCAAGGGUCGAAACAAUAAAAGAUCCAUCAACAUUAAUGUGAUAGAACCAAUCGCUCCUCACCUGCGUUCAGGUAAAAUAAACCAGACUCUAACCGUUGAUGUACUUAAGCCGUUGCAACUCGAUUGUGAUGUCAUUGGAGUACCAGAACCUACGAUUAGCUGGUUCAUAAAUGGACAACCAUUUGCAUACAACAAAAACAAUUCAACAAACACAACUUCCAUCUUUAUUCCGUAUACGAAUCCAAUGCACUCGGGGCUUUAUGAAUGCAUUGCUGAAAAUAAAAAAGGAUUUAUUAAGAUAGUCAAGAUCGUUACAAGUAAGCGAACAGUGAAUCGAAAAGUAUGGAACCAACCAUUUCUGUAUGCAGCGGUGGUGUUUCUAAUACUGACAACAGUGUUCGCAUUUAUAUCGCUGUUCUUUUACAAGAAGAUGAAGCGGGUAAUAAGAAAUUCUAAUUUGCUAAGUGGCUACGUGCAAAUGAGACCCAUACUUGAACCAUCGGAAGAAUAA